CCAGGACCUGUUUCUUUCUCUCUUUUCUUUCAUUAAAUGAUCUUUGUGAUAAAGUAUGCCAACCAAUAAUCUAGACAAUCACGAAGAGGGUGUCCUCGGAUCAGAUUCCGAAGAUUCUUUAUUCAGUACAGGUUCAUCUCAUCACUUUGACAAUGACCGAGACGAUCAAAGUUUAUUACCACUCACUCAGCAUGCAAACACAUCAACGACAUCUGUAUUCUCCUUUGAGACUAUACCAAUGAUCCCUCUUUCACAAACACAGACAAGAGGUCCAGAACUACAAAAAAAGGUGUCCUUUCUGAACGGACUCGGCCUUGUUGUCGGUAUGAUGAUCGGAAGUGGUUUAUUUAGCUCUCCAGGACCUGUCUUGGAAUCAUCAGGUGCAUAUGGAACCGCUCUUGUUGUGUGGUUUAUAUCAGGUUUACUAGCAUUAUGCGGUGCCUUGUGUUACGCUGAGCUAGGCACAAUGCUUCCAAUGAACGGUGGGGAAACUGUCUAUCUGGGCAGAGCAUUUGGAAGUCUAGUUUCCUUUAUGUUUGAAUUUAUCACAAUCAUUGUUCAAAAGCCUGGAAGUCUUGCCAUUAUCUGUAUUGUGUUUGGUGAGUAUGUGUCACGCAUUGCAUAUCAUACCUAUUUCUUCAAUAUACCUCACGACUCGGAUGAUGCUGUUGAAUUAGCAGACGCCAUUAUACCCAAAUUUCUACCCAAGCUACUUGCUGUAAUAUGCCUAUUUAUUUUGACUUUUAUCAAUGCUAUUUCAGUUCAAGCAGGUAUUCGUGUUCAAGACUUGUUAACGGCUAUCAAGGUAUUAACAGCCAUCGUGAUAUCUAUUACCGGAAUUGUUGUCCUAUCCAAAAGAGAGCCUAUCUAUGGUGACAAUAGUAUCCAAAGUGACCCAUUUCAUGGAAUUGGUUCGAUUAGCUAUGGUCAAAUCGCUUUGGCAUUUUAUUCAGGUUUAUGGGCUUAUGAUGGAUGGAAUAACUUGAAUUAUGUUUCGGGGGAAAUGAAGAAUCCCCAUAGAGAUUUGCCCCGUGUGAUCAUUUUUGGUAUUCCACUCGUCGUCUUUUGUUACAUGCUAUCCAAUGUUGCCUAUUUGGCCGUUCUAAGACCUGAAGUUGUGAUGCAUUCUAAUACGGUUUCAAUGGACUUUGGCAAAAAGAUCUUUGGUCCUUCUGGUGGCAUCUUAUUUGCUGUCUGUGUAGCACUUAGUUGCUUUGGGUCUGCUAAUGCCAGUGUGUUUACAGGGGCACGUAUCAUUUAUGUGUCAGCAAAACAAGGUCAUAUCCCUGGUCUCUUUGGAAAGUUGAGUCAAUCCAGGCAAACGCCUAUUCUGGCAUUACUUUUACAGGCAGCGUUGACCGUCAUCAUGAUCAUGAUAGGCUCUUUUAGAGUGCUCGUUAACUUUUAUUCCUUGACUGCUUGGAUAUUUUAUUUUCUAGCGGUCUUUUCACUUUUAAUCUUUAGAUAUACUGAACCAGAUCUCAAUAGACCGUACCGUGUCUGGCUAUCAACACCCAUCCUAUUCUGUCUGGUUGCAUUGUUUUUAUGUACUACGCCUUUUAUAGAAGCACCUAUAGAAAGUCUUAUUGCCGUCAGUCUCAUCUUAUUGGCUGUUCCAAUAUGGCUCCUUCAUGUCAAAUUUGGGGACAAGAUAUCAAAAGGCUGGAAUUAUAUUACGCUACGAUUUAGUAAAAACCGUGGUUAUCAUGGUGUAGAAAUGACAGAGAUAGAGGACUAAGACAAGCAUAAAAAUAGUACAUAGUUACUUUAAAGUUUUAUUGUCUAUUUAUAUUUGCAUAAUAAAAAGUUAUUUAAUAAAGACAUCUCAUACAAUUUCAUUAUAUCUCGGUUUACCCUUGGAAUGGGAGCGAAAUCUAAGGGUCAGUUAGUACAUAGGGCUUUUUAUCUGGACUUGGCUUAUUAAACGAGUUUACUGG